GUGAAACUAAACAAACAGAAAAGAACAAUAAGAUAACAAUUCGAUCGACUGUUGGCUAGACUUGCGCAUUUUAAACAUACCACACAAAACGGAUUUGCCAUUAACCUCUCGCACAUCACGGUAUCACAACAUUUCCGCGGAACCAUAAAACUUAAGUGAUCGAGAACGUGAUACUCGUUAAUUAUUUCCCAAAAGUGUAUUAUGUUUUUAUUACAUUGCGAAAAGGACGAUUCAUUGCUCAUAUGCAACGAAUCGGAUGUGAUUUGUGAAAAUAACGUUGGAAAAGGAGACACAGUGCAGUUUGUAUAUAAUGAAAAGAUAUAUCUUGGUACAGUAAUUGAGCACUCUGAAAAUGAGAAGGAAUUGGAAACACAUCUUACAAAACUGCGUUCUGAAAAACAAAAGCAAACAGGACAAUCUCAGUCUAUUGUAGAAGGAAGACGACAUUCAAUUCAAAAUAAAAAAUACAAAGAUUGUAUCUUGCCAUCCGAUAAGAGGAAGAAAAAAAUUACAAAAAAAAUGCACCCAAAGAAAAAGAUAAAAAAAUCUAAACACGAAAUCCAUACAAAACAAACUCAACUGCACCAAAUAAUGAAUAAUGUGGAUUUACUUGAAUGUUCAUCAAUCUCGUUCAGUGAUUCAGAGACACUCUCUCCCCAAAAGCAAGAGGACAAGAUACAAGCAGUACAAAACACGAGUCAAUCUACACUACUUGAACAUGUAAAGCCACAUGAACAUUACAUAGAUUCAGAGAACAAUAAUGUGUUUUCUAAAACAUGUAACGAUACUUCAUCGGUAAAGAAUGAAUUGUCACUUGAAGACGCUAUAAGGACAAUUUCAACACUCAAGGCAAAAAUAUGUGAACUUGAGCGUAAACAACCAGAUGUUGGUUCAUCAAGUUCAAAUAAUGUUAUAAUUACUCCUGCAAAUGUGUUUCAUAAAAGAUCAAGUACAGUAUCUGAUAAGGAAAAUAUAAAUAGGAAUCUUUCGCCGUAUAAAGUGCCAUUACAUUUUGCAUAUGUAGAUGCUGUUCCAUCCACGAGUAAAUAUGAACAUGUGAGUAGUCCAAGACUAUCGUCAAAGCCAAUGAAAGAAUUACAUUUAGAAAAAGGAAGUAUGUAUCAUGGGAAGAAUUAUUGUGUUUCGCAACAUUUAGCAUCACGUAAUAAAAUAAUUUCACUUCCCUGUAGUUCUCAUGAAAGUGCUACUUCUUCAACACUAUCUAGGACAAGCUCAAGUGUAUCUUUAAAGUCGGACCUGUUUUCGAAAACUAAUACGCCGUGUCAAACAUCACCUUCUGCAACAGAUGAUAUGUUGAGCUCUGAUGACAAUAGCAUAAGUAGUAAUACUGAUCGAUGCGAUUCACCCAUAAAUCAAGAAACAAAUAAUGAAACAAAUGUUCGUAAUAAUGAGGAAAAAGAAAACCUGCAAGAGAAAAUUAUAUAUGAGGCGCGACAAGAACAUCAAUUAUAUGGAAAGGAUUGGCCUGAUGAAACGAUGAUUUUGCUCCGUGAUGGAAUAUUCUGUCGUCAGUCGGUACUUUUGGCAGCUCUUGGACAUGCUUGUAAAGCGUCACAUAUCGUAAGACGUCUUGUACAAGGAGUGUUCAAAAUUGAGACUAUUAUGAAUGCAACAGUUACAGGACAGGCACCUCGCGCCACUGCCCGGGAUAAGUCUAUGCAAACUGUUCCAUUAGAUGGCAAGGCCAAAAUGGCCAUAAUAAAUGAGCAUUUUUACUAAUAGUUAUAUUUCGUAGGAUAAAUUUAUAGACAAGUAUCAAUUAUUAAAAAAUGUCACUACUUUCAGAAUAUUCUCAACGUGUAGCAGAAGUCAGACGUUGGGACAAACAAUCCACAAGGAUGCUUCUUCAUGUUAUGACACAGCGUUUAGUUGAAUUAAAGAAAGAAUAUAAAAAGUAAUAAAAGUUUGUAAUACCAAAGUUAAAGUAACUGUUCUUUCAAAAUAAUUCUUGGAUAUUACAUUUACUUUUCUAUUCUUCUUAAUAGCUAGUAAUACAUACACAAAAAUGGUAUACUGAUAUACCAUAUUACUUUAAUUUUAAUAUGAAAACAUUAUAUUACAAUAUAAUACUUUUUUUCCUUUUUAAUUGUUUAGAAAGUACAGUCACUUUAAUUUUUAUAUAAAAACAUUAUUAUAUUAUAAUUUCUUUUGAAAGUACAGUUACUUUAAUUUUAAUAUAAAAACAUAAUACUUUUUUUCUUCUUUGUUUUGAUUUACUGUUUCAAAAAAAUUUUUUUAAAUAUUUUAAUGCAUGUGCAAUUUUAUAGAUAAGACAUACUACAGUAUUGUAUAGUAGAAUAAACUGUAAUUAUUUAAAAUAUAUUGUAAUUAAAAUAUUAAAGUACAUUGUACGAAAUUCA